AUGGAGGCUACCACGCGCCUCACCGUCCUGAUCUCCGGCAACGGCACCAACCUGCAAGCCGUCAUCGACAGCAUCCAAGCCAAACAGCUGCCCGCGACAAUCGCCAGAGUGAUAUCCAACAGGAAAGAUGCCUUCGGCCUCGAGCGCGCCACACGCGCGGGCAUCCCGACGCUCUACCACAACCUACUAAAGUACAAGAAAGCGCACCCGCCGACGGAAGAAGGCGUGCGGGCCGCGAGGGAAGAGUACGACGCGGAAUUGGCGAGGUUGGUGCUGGCUGAUUCGCCGGAGCUGGUGGUGUGUCUGGGCUUCCUGCACAUCCUGUCAAGAACGUUCUUGGAGCCGCUGGCGAAGGCUGGGGUGGAGAUCAUCAAUCUGCAUCCGGCGCUGCCGGGGCAGUUUAAUGGCGCACAUGCAAUUGAACGCGCGCACGCGGCGUGGUUGGAAGGAAAGAUUGACAAGACCGGAGUCAUGAUUCACAAAGUUAUUGCGGAGGUAGACAUGGGCACGCCUCUGCUUGUGAGGGAAAUACCGUUUAUCAAAGGAGUUGACGAAGACCUGGAAGCACUGGAGAAGAGAAUACACGAGAUAGAGUGGAAGGUGGUCGUGGAAGGGGUUCAAAUUGCUAUAGACGAGAUACGAGGGAAGAACAAGUCGGCGGGCACGUCGUAAAGAUGAAAGGGAGGGAGACAAAACCUGGGCGAUAGUUCUCCGCAUCAGACCAGUCGAAGUUAUGUUCGAGGCCUGCGCCUCCUUGGAGGAUCAUGCUACGAGAGAGAGCGCAAUUUUAUCGGACGGUGGCUUUUUUUUUUUUUUUUUAUUGGAAGUACAUUGCGUUUGUUUCCCGCAUGGCUAUAUCCCUUACACAUAUUCUCAGUUAUUUCCAAAUGCUGGAUUGGCCGAGACAUUGGGAAACUCGAUGAACUGAGGUUCAUAAAAAUUUGACUUGCACAUGUCGAGGGAGUUAAUAUGGGUGUCAUUGGCGCCUUGGGGCAUAUGGGGAUUGGAGCGACGCGCACCAUUGCGUUUGGAUGUUCGCUAACCAGG